ACCACUCGAUCUAUCCUCCUCACUUUUCCUAUUUCCACUCCACCACGCGGUUCGGGCGCGCUCCAACUCCCAGCUUCAUAAACUCCAGAUCCAUAGGAGUCGGCGUGCUGCAGCUCGUCCGCCGGCGGCAGCCCUCCCCACCGCCGCGGCCUGCCUUGCCCCGCCUUGAGUCGCCUUUCACCGCCGGGCUCCCCCCUCUCUGCCGCCGUCCGUCGUCGACCACCUCGGCCGCCGUCCCCGACCACUGGACUCCCUCCUCCGCCGCGCUCCCUCCCUUCCUCUGUCGCCGUCCCCGACCACCGGACCACGUAGGCUGUGCGCCUCCUCUGCCUCCCCGACCACCUCGCAUCUCAACUGAAUCACAGUAGGAUUGAUGAUGUGCCAGGGUGCUCAUUUGGGGUUUGGGGGCUGGGGAUUUGGGGUUUGGAGUAUCAGAUCUCUGCGCGAUCUGGUCCGGCGCUGGUGGUUGGUGGUGAAUGCCGCAGGUUUUCAGUCGCUUGAGUUAAUGUGCACCAUAUAGUGCUUUGUCUCUGUUAAAUUGCUUAUGAGAUCAGUAAACUGCUAUGGAUAUAUGAAGCACAGCUGAAGAAGCCCAUAGUGUUUCAUACCAGUGAAUGAUCAAUAUUUUGUCUGUUUCAGAUCUUAGUACCACUAGAGAUGGAAGGAAGAAUGACAGAUUUAUGGUAAACCCUGGUAAAUAUUCGUGGGAGGUCAACAAGUGGCGCCCUGAUUAAGACUGCUACAACACUUUGUGGUUCAUCUCCAAUUAGUGAUGGCGAGAAUGAAGAUCCCAAAGCGUUAUGUCAUAGUAUUGCUGACAUUCAUCUGCACAAAUGUUUGUUACGUUGAGCGUGUGGGUUUCUCGAUUGCGUACACCGUAGCAGCUGAUGCAAUCAACGUGAAUCAAGCAAACAAGGGCCUGAUACUCUCCAUGUUCUAUUAUGGUUAUGUUUUGUCACAAAUUCCUGGUGGAUGGGCAGCUCAGAGAUUGGGAGGGAGACGUGUUCUGCUGCUGUCAUUCCUGUUGUGGUCCUUGAUAUGCGGUCUAAUUCCACUGGACCCCAACAGAGCAGUCAUUCUGGUCCUUUCUCGCCUUUUUGUUGGUGUAGCACAAGGUUUCAUAUUUCCUGCCAUUCACACAGUCCUGGCACAAUGGGUGCCACCGCAGGAGCGCUCUCGCUCAGUGUCAUUAACAACCUCAGGGAUGUACCUCGGGGCAGCUUGUGGCAUGUUGUUUUUUCCAAGUCUGGUGAAGCACAUGGGACCCCAAUCUGUAUGUUUAGUCGAAGCAGUACUUGGAGUAGCAUGGUCUGUAAUAUGGUUGAAGUUCUCCAGUGAGCCACCUCGCACUGACCUUCCAAAAGUGGCAAUGCCAAAAGUAGCAUCUCGGGAGAAGAUUAAGGCGCAAUCAGUAGGGGUUGUUGCACCUCGCACUGUAAAGAUACCAUGGCGAAGGAUUAUCUUCAGUCUACCUGUUUGGGCAAUUGUCGUGAACAACUUCACCUUCCACUAUGCCUUGUAUGUUAUCAUGAACUGGCUGCCUACCUAUUUCGAACUAGCCCUUAAGCUUAGCCUCCAGGACAUGGGAUCGUCAAAGAUGCUUCCCUAUUUCAACAUGUUUAUAUUCUCCAACAUUGGUGGAGUGGUUGCUGAUCACUUGAUUACAAAACGGAUCUUAUCAGUUACCAAGACAAGGAAGCUCCUAAACACCAUUGGGUUUGUUGUCUCGGCUGUUGCACUCAUGGCCCUCCCUUCAUUCGGGACGCCCUCAGGGACUGUGAUAUGUUCAUCGGUAUCCCUUGGUUUUCUGGCUCUAGGAAGAGCAGGGUUUGCCGUGAACCACAUGGAUGUUGCUCCAAAGUUCGCCGGCAUAGUGAUGGGGGUUUCCAAUACAGCUGGGACAUUGGCUGGGAUAGUUGGCGUUGGCCUCACGGGAAACAUUUUGGAGGCUGCAAAGGCUUCUAACAUGGAUCUAACGAACUCUGAAACCUGGAAAACAGUAUUCUUUGUUCCAGCAUACCUCUGUAUUUUUAGUUCAGUCAUUUUCUUGGUCUUCUCAACUGGUGAGAAGAUUUUCGAAUAGAGGAUGAUUAUUUUUGCCUGUUCUUUUCUUGUCAUUUACGGGCAGUGAGACAGGAUAGGAACACGGGAAUAUCACAUGUAUUUUAUUCAUUAUAUCUGUCAGAUUUCAGAGCUCAGACUGCAUCCCACACAUAUUAAGAGUUAUGUUAUGUUAGGAGGAAUAACACUUGUCUGUAGUAAAUUGUGUUAUCUGGAAUCAUCCUAUAACUCUGUUAUUCCA